CAGGGGGCGACAUAGCAGCUCACAGUCAAUCCGUUUACAUGUAGCUGAAUUACCUUUAGCUGCUGCUGAGGCCUGAGAGGUGAGCGGGUGAACCUUCAUCAUGGUUAAACAGCCAAGGAGGACAGACAGCUGCUCUGUGGUCCUCCAGGUGCUUUCUACCUGCGGCAGGAAGUGGCGUGUCGAGGGUUCGGUUCCCUGUCAGACUGCCUCCACCUCAGCAGGUACAGAAAACAAACCCGCCCUCCUGCUGCUGUCCUGGAUCCAUCUGACAGACGUCUCUGUUGUUGUCCAGGUGACAGGAAGCAGCGCCGCCACCACAGAAGAAGAAACACCUGGAGGCCCGGGAUCUGAUGGAGCUUCAGUAGAGGCCAAGAGGGCCAGACCGGACGGCGGUGAGGAGGCUGCAGCUCUGACCAAUCAGGAGAAGGCCUCGGGGUCAUGUGGUCCGGCAGCAGAUGUUCCUCCUCCUGACCAGCAGGUGGCAGCAGAGCUGCAGAGCGUCGGCUCGCUGAAGGUCACCAUCCAGCAGAGCAGCGAGAGCAGAGAGUUCGGUCAGACGGACAGAACGGCCGACAGACAGACAGGUGGACUCCACUGUCACGUCUGCAACCUCACCUGUCACUCCCUGCAGGUGUUUCAGGACCACAUGUCAGGAGCAGAACACCAGAAGAAGCUGCAGCAGAUCACACAGUCCAUCCGCCUCAACACACACACUCUGCAGGACAGCAGAGGGCGUCGUCCUGAGGCUCAGCGCUGGUGUGACUCCUGUCAGGCUCACUUCACGGGUGAUGUCAUCGUCCACCGACGGACCAAACAACACAAGAUGUGUAAGCAGCUGUGUCGGCCCUUCUGUCCCGUCUGCAAACGACACUUCAGGACACCCAGGAAGUUCGUCGAGCACAUGAAGUCUCCAGAACACAAACAGCAGGUGACUCUAGAAGCUCAGGAGGAGGAACUGAUCACUGUGGAUGCUGUGGGCUGCUUCCAGGAGGAGGAGGAGGAGGAGGAGGAGGAGGUAGAUGUAGCAGAAGAAGAAGAAGGAGGAGUAAAGGAGUUGGAGCUGGAGACCGCUGGACCCAACCACUCCACCAGGGGGCAGUACGACCCCCACACCAUAUAUGGAAGUAGUUUUGUGGUUCCAGUUUGUGGCUUCGUCUGUCGACUCUGCAACAAGUUCUUCUACACAGAAACAGCAGCAAAACACACACACUGCAGGACACACACACACUACCUGAAGCUGCAGAGGAGAGGGGAGGUGCACGAUGACCUCAGCUGACCACCUGGGGAUGAUGAUGUCAGAGAGCUCAGUGGACAGGAUGACCUGCUCAUGUUACUGUGACUCAGUGACACCUGCUGGCUGCUGCUGGAACUGCAGGUUAAAGCCUGUUCUCUGUUGGAGGCGUUAAAUGUGAAUAAAAGUCUGAAAGACUGAAA